AGUUCCCUCGCGGUUGGGUCGGAUGUAAUCCGGCCCCUCCGGGAGGGGGCGGGGCCCCGGGUACACGUCGGGUCUUAGACCCGCGUCGCCCGGUUGGCCCGGCAAGGACGGGGGAUCGGGGCCACUCGGACGUUUCCGAGGUAGGGUCCGGUCUCCCGGAAGACCCCGGGGGCCGCUGGGACGUAUUCCUAGGCAGGGCCUCGGGGUCUGAGGGGUUGGUCGGCAAGCCUGCCGGCCAACACCCGGUCCUCCGCGUCGAAGCGGCUGGUUCCUGCGUCUGGGGCCGACGUCCCGCUGCUGGGGCAUGCGGUCUGGCGUACGGGGCCGGUCGUGGAAGGCGGAGGGCUGGUCGUGUACAUGUGUGUGUGCCUGGGACGUGGUUGGCUGCUGGCGGAUAUUUCCCGGAGACUAACCAAGGGGGGAGUAGUAAACCCCCCGACCGGGGACGAGCGGUGACGUCUGUACCUGACCUCUGCCGUGGACUACGUGGGUGCGUAAGUCCGGAGUAUUCCGGCAAAAACCACAGGAAACGGCAAGUUUAACGUGGGAAAACCGCUCCCGCUCGUCUGACUGGAGCCUAUCCGGGAGUUGAAGCCAGUAUGCCGGGCGCGUGUAUGGAGGGGCCGAUUAGCCACCGCCCCCUCAUACCCAUGCCGGGAGGGAAUUUAUCUCGGCAAACUCUAGCCCUGGGGCGGGGUGAGCGGCCGAUCGGAUCGGUGCGCGUUCCAACCCGGGGGUGAGUAUAAGCCUCUUACGUCAUGGUGGGCCUGGCCGUCUCCAGGGAUUUUUUGAUAGAGUCACUGGUCGGGAUAGGGGUGGCUCCCCGACAAGCGGCCUCUCCGCUUCCCGGCCCAUAAUUAGGGAAACAUUCUACUGGGGAUAGAUCCCCCACUGCGGUGGGGGUCCCGUGAUGGGCGAACCAGAUGAUUCUUAAACUGCCAUUAUGUUUUCUCAACCUACAAACACAAGGGAGAAUGAGAGUGCGAGCAAAGACUCGGAUUACGCCCCAAUGGAGGUGGAUGACCGAGCCACCCCGUCAACAUCCACGGGGAAAGGGAUGGCGGGCCCCGCCUGCUACAAGAAAAUGAUGGCUGACCUACUCAAGAGUAGACCACGCAAGGAGCCGAUCGUAGAUAUCGAAGGCUCGGAUACCGAGGGGCACGAGACGGAUGAUAGCGUGACGGGCGACAAUGAAUGGAUGCCUGCACCGGCGCCGAGAGGUAGAGGCAGAGGCAGAGGCAGAAUUGCCAAGAACGCCAACACUGCCCUGAGAAGGGAGGUGAAGGAGACCAGGCAGCUGAACCGACGCCUGACACAGCAGAACAAGACGCUCGCUGCUAUUGUGGAUCGGAACAACCUGCCUAAAGGAUUGAAGAGAAAUAUUACGCCGGAGAGGGAAACGGUCAGGCAUCUAGAGGCUCUAAGACCGGACCAGAUUUCCGCAGAAAUGUCGGAAUAUCUGUACAUGGUUGAAAGGGUGGCGGAGCGCUCAACGAAUCUAAAGGGCACUUUCGUCCACGAAUUACAAAACUCGGCGUCCAAGCUGAGGGCGGCGAUCAAGACGCUCUCGGCCAAGGCAAUCGCCCCGAUCGCGGCACUAGGGGGAGACCCUGGAGGAGAAGAAGACCAGCUCCGGGCAAAAAUCAGAGAGCUCGAAGGGAAAGUGGCGAGACUCACCGCAGAGAGGCAGCGGCUACAGAUGCAGGACACGCAGCGGACGCCUGAAAGGGCGCUCCGCAAGAGGAAGAUCAGGAGAGUGGAGCCACCCUCCUCUUCAUCGGAUGAGGAGGUGAGGACUCAAUCCCAGCCCAGGGACACGGGCAAGGACGAGGAGGACAUGGCCCUUCCACCUCCGGUGUACAGGCCGGAAGUGAGGGGGGUGAGAAAAGAGGUAGCGGAGGCUACGGAGGGACAAGCCCUUGAAGAUGUUCGCAGGGUAAUGGAGAAUGUUACCAUUGGGGACAUCACUCGGGGCAACGCAAAGGAAGUCAGGGGCAAGUUGAGAAACCUGAUGAUCCGAUGCCAGGGAGCGUUAGCUAUACUCCCGACCGGAGCGAGACCCCUGACCAAGGACGGGGUGGCAGACACGACGCUACCAAAGAAGAAGGCAGAACCCGUGCCUAAGCAGGCGCCGGGAAAGGCGGCUGGAGCAAAGAAGGGGACGCCCAAGUCGGCACCUGCAGUAAGUAGUGCUGGGCAGGGCAAGGGCGACACCAAGGAAGUGGCCAAGAAGAAGGAAGUGGCCAAAAAGAGAACGGCCAGCCAAUCGAAGGAUGAGAAAGGGCAAGCCACCCAGAGGGCCGCAAGCCAGCCAAGGACCACUCAGCAGCGAGGUACCUGCACCGAAGGGGGACCCCCGAAGGAAGCAAACAAGGCUGGCAAAGUAGGACAGGCGACCCAGGACUCCUGGGUCGAAGUGGUGAAGAGGGGAUCGAAGAAGAAGGCGAUACCAAACCAAGACGGUCCCUCUCGGAAAAGAGAGGCGAAAGGUCCAAUGAAUGGCAGCAGGAAGACCCCCCCGGCCAAAAGGAGGAAUCCUAGGGCACAGGCGGUAACACUCACGUUCCCCGCCGGCACAUACGCGGAGGGCAUGAGGGCAAUUAAGUCCCAGAUCAAUUUAGAGGAUCUGGGAAUAGAGGAGGUUAGACCCAGGAGAGCCCUGACAGGGGCCCUCAUCCUGGAGGUCCUGGGGGAGGACGCCAAAACGAAGGCGGACGGGCUGGCCGAGAGAAUCAAGGCCGUAAUGGGGAAUGCCGAGGGAGUCACGGUGGCCCGCCCAACGAUAAGGGCGGAGGUACGCGUGAAGGACUUGGACGACUCGGCGACCCAGGCGGAUGUUCAGGAGGCGGUUGCCAAAGCGGGAGGCUGCGAGCCCAACGAAGUUAGAGUGGGCCAACUAAGGCGUGCGACGAACGGGCUCAGCACGGCAUGGGCGCAGUGCCCCCUGGCUGCAGCGAAGAAAGCGGCCGCAUCCGGCCGACUGAGGGUCGGUUGGAUGUCGGCGAGGGUCGACCUGUUGGAGGCAAGGCCCUUGAUUUGUUACAGGUGCCUGGAGAGGGGGCACGUGCGGCAACAGUGCCGCAGUAGCAUAGACCGUAGCAAUAUAUGCUACAGGUGCGGCGGUGAGGGGCAUAAGGCCCAGUCAUGCGAGGCGAUACCGAAAUGCCCGGUAUGCAGCGCGAGAGGGCUGCCCGCUGGGCACAAGGCGGGCGGCAACGGGUGCAGGAAACCCUCGAAAAAGGAGGCCAAGAGGCAGAGAGCGGGAGAACAGCUGCGGUCGCAGCCCCACGCCCUGCCUGCGGAAUUGGGGGCUCCUGAAACAGCCCGGGGGACUCAACGCGAGGGGACUGAGAUGGAGGUGGAGACAUUGCAGGAGCCAGCGGUGACCCACCCAGCGGAGGGGGGCUUGGAGGAGGCCCAGGACUCGGCCCCGCAAUGCCCCUAAAGAUAUUGCAAGCAAAUGUUAACCACGCCCGCCAAGCGCACGACUUGUUUGCGCAGGCCAUGGCGGAGCGCGGCUGUUGCCUGGGGGU